CUCCCGCGGCUGGCGCCGGGCCCCGCCGGAGACUCAGACUAUGAACUACGUGGGGCAGCUGGCGGGCCAGGUGCUGGUGACGGUGAAGGAGCUGUACAAGGGCAUCAACCAGGCCACGCUGUCGGGAUGCAUCGACGUGGUGGUGGUGCGGCAGCAGGACGGCUCCUUCCAGUGCUCCCCGUUCCACGUCCGCUUCGGCAAGCUGGGCGUGCUGCGCUCCCGGGAGAAGGUGAUCGACAUCGAAAUCAAUGGGGAUGCUGUUGACCUCCACAUGAAGCUGGGGGACAAUGGAGAAGCUUUCUUUGUGCAGGAGACUGAGGAGGAGAAUGAGAAAGUUCCAGCUUACUUAGCGACCUCUCCAAUCCCCACCGAGGACCAGUUCUUCAAGGACACCAGCAGUCACCUGAAGGCAGGGGACAGCGAGAGGCCAGCUGCACCCUCAGAGCUGUCACACCCUGUGGAGACAGAGGCUGCCUUCACCCCAGGCUCUGUCAAAAAGAAAAAGAGGAGAAGGAAGAAAUACAAAGCAGACAGCAGGAAGGAAGAUCAGGUCUCUUCUCCUGGCACAGAGGAGAUCUUUGAGAUGGAGAUCAGCUCAGAUGAUGAGAAAAGUGUCCAGCCCCUCAGAGGCUCCUCAAAUUCAUCUCCAAAGGCUGAAGAGCAGAAGGAGUCACUGAUUUAUCACUCAAAGGAUCAUUACCCCCUGUCUGAUGGAGACUGGUCCCCUCUGGAGAACCCUUUCUCAGAGACUGCCUGCCCCAAAAGCGACUCAGAGUUGGAGGUGAACCCUGCUGAGAGCCUGCUCCGCUCGGAGUCCCACAUGGAGUGGACCUGGGGAGGCUUCCCAGAGUCAACCAAGAUAAGCAAGAAAGAGAAGCUGGAGCACCCCCAAACAGCCACCAUCACUCCCUCUGAGAAGACUCACUUCAGGGUGAUCCUCAGCUCUGAUGAAGUGGAAGAUGAUGAUGAUGUGAAGGAAUCUGUCUGCACAGUGCUGAAACCUGAACCAAGAUCCCAUCCUCUGCUCCAGCAGCUGGAGGUGAAGGAUUCCCUUGCUUCCAUCACAGAGCCCCAGGUUCCACUGCCCCUGGAUACAGAGCAGUAUUCCAGGCUCCUGGGGGAGCCUUUGCCUGAGGCCAAGCCAAUAGCAAAGGCUGACUCUCCUUCCAAAAAGAAAGGGAUGCACAAGCGCAGCCACCACCAAGGGCCUGAUGGUAUCUACCUGGAGGACUUGAAGGCCUUGGAGCCUGAGGUUGCAGCCCUCUACUUCCCCAAAAGCGAGCCGGAGCCGGAGCCGGAGCCGGGCUGGCAGUCCCCGCAGUCGGUCGGCAGCGCGGCCGCGGACAGCGGCACCGAGUGCCUGUCGGACUCGGCCAUGGACCUGCCCGACGUCACCCUGUCCCUCUGCGGCGGCUUCAGCGAGCAGGGGCAGAUCUCCCACGAGAAGUUCCUGGAGCACAUCAUCACUUACCAGGAGUUUGCUGAGAACCCUGGGCUCAUAGACAACCCCAACCUGGUGAUAAAGAUUUACAACAGGUACUACAACUGGGCCCUGGCUGGUCCCAUGAUCCUCAGCCUGCAGGUCUUCCAGAAGAGUCUGCCCAAGGCCACUGUUGAGUCCUGGGUCAAAGAGAAGAUGCCAAAGAAGUCUGGAGGGUGGUGGUUCUGGCGCAAGAGAGAGAGCAUGACCAAGCAGAUCCCAGAGGCCAAAGAGGGGAAAAGUGAGACCCAGAGAGCAAACGAGCUGCCAGCAGCUGUCAAAGAGCAAGUCACCAGCAGGCCUCCAGAGGAUGACUCUUCCAGUGAUGAAGCCUCCCAGGAGGUGAAGGAGUCUCUGAAGCUCGAUUCUGCCCCAGCAGAACACUCCCCCCAUGGGAAUGCUCCAUCCUACAAGAAGUCCCUUAGGCUGUCUUCAGACCAAAUAGCGAAGCUGAAGCUCCGAGACGGCCCCAACGACGUCGUCUUCAGCAUCACCACCCAGUACCAGGGCACCUGCCGCUGCGCUGGGACCAUCUACCUCUGGAACUGGGAUGACAAGGUCAUCAUCUCAGACAUUGAUGGCACAAUCACCAAGUCUGAUGCUCUGGGACACAUCCUUCCUCAGCUGGGCAAGGACUGGACUCACCAGGGCAUCGCCAAGCUCUACCAUUCCAUCCACGAGAACGGGUACAAGUUCCUGUACUGCUCGGCGCGCGCCAUCGGCAUGGCUGACAUGACCAGAGGCUACCUGCACUGGGUCAAUGACAGAGGCACCAUCCUGCCCAGGGGCCCCCUCAUGCUGUCCCCCAGCAGCCUCUUCUCUGCCCUGCACAGGGAAGUCAUAGAGAAGAAGCCUGAGAAGUUCAAGGUCGAGUGCCUGAAUGACAUCAAGAACCUCUUUGCCCCCAGCAAGCAGCCUUUCUAUGCUGCCUUUGGCAACAGGCCCAACGAUGUCUACGCCUACAGGCAGGUGGGGGUCCCAGACUGCAGGAUCUUCACUGUGAACCCCAAGGGGGAGCUGAUCCAGGAGCGCACCAAGGGCAACAAGUCCUCGUACCACAGGUUGAGUGAGCUGGUGGAGCACCUCUUCCCCCUGCUCAGCAAGGAGCAGAGCUCUGCCUUCCCCUGCCCCGAGUUCAGCUCCUUCUGCUACUGGAGAAAGCCUCUCCCUGCCCUCAACUUGGAUGACCUGGCCUGAGGCUGCUGCUCAGCCACAGCUGCUGGAGCUCCAGCGUGCAGAAGGUGGUCAGCACCGCAGCUGC